AUGACGGUGGGUGAGCAAGACGGCGAAUCACCUGAAGCUUCUCAAACAACAGCUGAGCUUCAAAAGCAAAUAGACAGCCUGCAAGGCCAAACCACCGACAUACACCGAACUCAAGGAACUACCGGUGAAAAUUCCAACCUCUCUUCAGAAGUCCAGAGCCUGAAGGAAAAACUUGACGAACACUCCAAACAGUUGGAGCUAAGCGCCGAGAAGCUCAGCCAGCUACAGUCAGAGAACACUGCCCUCCGGGACCAGAAUCAAACCCUCAACGUGUCAUGUAACAAGAAGCGUCGCUUCAACACCCAGGUUCGACCUAUGGGAAAUCUGAACACGCCCAGCACCGGAGAAGGUACCACCGACACACCUCCUGCAUCUGGGGUAGCUGGGGCAACACGGGAAGGGACCGAGAAUCCUCAAAUCCAUGAUCUGGAGGAGAGUGAUUCCGAGCCAAAACCCAGAAAGGAAGAACCCGAGAAAGCAGCAACCGAAUCCUCCAUAACUGCCUACCUAGAGCAUAUGUUCUCUAGGAGAUUUGAUGCCAUGCAAUUCAUGGUAGAACGCCUACUAGGAGUAGCUCCCCCAAUCCGAAGGAGCAACCCUGAUUCCUACACGGAUACCCCUUUUGCGGAAGAGAUUGCCUCGGUUGAGAAGCCUAGAAAGUUCUCCUUCCCCAACAUCAAGAUGUAUGACGGUACUGGCGACCCCGACGAUCACAUCGCGCAGUACAAGCAAAGGAUGUUGGCGGUUGCGCUCCCUAAGAAGUCCCGCGAAGCCGCGAUGUCCAUAUCUUCCUUCGCAGGCCUGAGCGACAAAUUCGUGGAGCAAUUCGCAACCAAUAGGAGCCUGGAGAAGACUUCAGAUGGUCUCUACGAGAUCCUCCAGCAUCGAGUGGAACCCCUGCGAGACUACAUAGCCCGCUUCAACCAGGAGAAAGUAGCGGUCCCCGAAUGCAGCAUCCCUACUGCGAUCUCUGCCUUCAAGAGAGGUCUACUUCCAGAUGGGGGGCUAUACAAAGAGCUGACCAUGUAUCCUUGCAAGACCAUGGAAGAUGUGUUAUCCCGAGCCUGGGCACAGGUGAAGUGGGAGGAAGAUGUUGCUAGCCGCGCCAAGGCUCAGCCAAAGCAGGACCAAAGGUCAGCCCGAUCAGAUCGAGGAGACCGAGAUGAAAGAUCCUCCCAAAGGAGAUCAAGGACUUUGGUAGUAGAGACAGGAGCAGGUUCCAGUACCGGCCGCAAGAGAAGGAAGAAGGGAUGUCGGUAUAAAAGAUCCUCCCAAAGGGGAUCUAAGGACUCUGGUAGUAGAAACAUGGGCAAGUUCCAGUACCGGCCGCAAGAGAAGGAAGAAGGGAUGUCGGUAUCUACCUGGUCCGAUAUAUCCCAUCUCUCAAUAUCAACACCAGAGCUAGUCAACGCACUGGGACAGAUGGGCCAACAGGUUAAGUGGCCUCCAAAGAUGAAAGCACCUGACUCCAAAGAGACAACAGGGAAAUCCAAAGGAGCUGCACCGGCCUCACCACCUCGCCAAGAUCGGGUGAUCCAUGUCAUAUCCGGAGGCUCAGAAGUAAGCGGAGUAAGCCACGCAGCCGCGAAGAAAAGCACCUGUAACGCUAAGCAUGAUCUGAAAACGACCCAACCGAAGCGCCUACUUCUAGGAACUGACGAGAUAAGCUUCACAGCUAAGGAGCAAGAGAAGAUCCUAACUCCCCACCAUGAUGCUCUAGUUAUCUCUCUCACCGUAGCAAACUGCUUGGUGAAAAGAAUACUAGUAGACAACGACAGCUCCAGCAACAUUAUCUUCCAGACGGCGUACCAAGAUCUAGGGCUGGAGGGGAGCCCCCUGACGCGCAAGGUAACCCCACUCAUCGGGUUCAGCGGCGAGGUCAAGCAAACCGCCGGAGAGGUUAUCCUCCCAGUAUACGCUGAAGGGGUCAACAUGUCUACCAAAUUCCUAGUCGUAGAUUGCCAAUCGACAUAUAACAUGAUCUUGGGACGACUCUGGAUUCAUGACAUGGCAGCAGUCCCUUCAACCCUUCAUCAGAUGGUGAAGUUCCCUACACCCAGGGGCAUCAGAAUAAUUAGGGGAGACCAGGAGAACUCCCAAUCCUGCUACCAGACCACCCUGAAGGGGAAGACCAAGCGGACCCUGAAUCAUUCCAAGAACCCGAGGGAUCCCCAGAGAACCUAUUUCGACCGCUCUGCAUGGUCUCCUCCGAAGCCCUUCGAAGUUGCAUCUGCUCGCAAGACCUGGUCCUCGCAGAUAUCAGCCAGUGGUCUCGCGGAUAAACAAGUGGGGCACAAGUACUCCAAGGAGACUUCCUCAGAGGGUACAUCGGGCAGAUCUGGAGCAAAGGGCGCCUCGCACACGCAGGAUGGAGUCACUUAG